CACACCACAGGACCCUUAAUGUUAAAAAAAAGAGAGAGGGUAAAACCGGGUUUCAGUGAUAUCAUAACAUGGGGAACUUGACAAAAAAAAAGUAUAAAAGACACGGGGAUAAUUCUAUAUUAUUAUAGUACCAUAUUUAUAUAUUUAAUACAACCAAAUGGAAAAAAAUGAUUUACCUGACUUGGAGCGCUUGUCCACUAAAUUUUUUCCUAGUCCAGUUGCAGAUCACGAAGAAUAUAAAGAGCAUAAGAAACAUCGUGUGGUAGUUGUGGCGUAUGAUCAUUCGCAUUAUGGAGAUGCUGUCAUUGCAAAAUCAAUCCGUCUCGGGUUAUUAAGACCUACGGACGAUAUUCGGAUCCUUCAUAUCGUAAGUCAAACGGAUUACCGUACUCUAUUCGACCCCAUGAUAUCUGCACAAAGUACUUCGGGUGGAUUUAAUGAGGAGAAUUUAGACAACACUUUAUCAAAUGUAGCGGACGCAUUUAUUCACGAAAUUAUUAAUUCUUUACGAAAAAUUGGGUUUACGCAUGUCAAAUCAGAAGUUUUAAGGGGUGACUCAAAGGAAUCUAUCACGGAUUACUGUCGUAUGGCAAAACCCGUAUUUAUUAUAACUGGUACUCGUGGUCUUGGUGCCAUCAAAAAAGCAGUGAUGGGUUCUGUCUCAAGCUAUCUGACAAGGCAUUGUCCCUGUCCUGUCAUGGUCAUGAAACUUGAGCAAUCUGAGAUUGAUGCUCGUAAUGACUUGAACAGCCAAAAAGAUCAAACGUUUGCCGACAUAUUAGCUUCAAUGACGGCACAAAAGUGAUGUGUGCCAAGAAUCAUCGCACUUGUUGAAGUAGUCAAAUCUUUAAAAAUAAACUAAAGUUAUAAUGAUUAACGUUGUGUUUUUGAACAGCUAUUUAACGAAUGAUGUACUAUCAGGUUGAUUGAAAUACUUUAACUCAUUGGAGUUUCUUUGUAGUGUCACAUUAAUAUUUUAUUUACGCCAAUUAUAUUUUCAGUACUGAAAUAUUCCAAGUAUUGGACGGUUGUCUUAUUUGAGACUAAAACUAGAUAU